AGGCAGAUGUUCAACUCAUCGCCUUGACAUCAUACAACUAACAUGAAGCUCCUCCUGCUCACGUUUGUGGUCUGCUUCACGGCAGCUUUAGCAGCAUCAGUCAAUAAGUCAAAGAGGGACAUCCUACCGGGCGAUCCACGCUACGGAACCGAGCAUGAUCAUCAUCAUGAACAUGAAAAUGAGGUACAAUCUCAGCAACUCUACGGACCGCCUAACCAUACACCAGGCAAACCUUUGGGAGCUGACUUCUUCGCGACCAGUGAUGCUGCCAAAACUCCCUCCAUCCUCGUGCCAUCCACCUCCUACGGAAUACCCGAUACUACUCAGAUUCUUAACAACUUCCUUGGAUCCAUUGAUGACAAAAACUCUGCCGCUAUAAAGACGGCCAUAGACGGCGUUCAGGAACAUUCGAAAUUCGAUACCGUGCAGAAAACCAUAAUUCCAGAGCAGCCAGCGGUUGUUAACAAGCAUGUGGAAACCGCUCCGCAAGUGAAGACGACGACUUCUCAUUUGCCCACUGAGACCCAAGAUUUGUCCUCCUUAAUUUCUACUUUCAACACUUUCCCCAGUUACGCCUCGUACUCCUCGUACAGCAACAUACCCGUGAAAACUGUGAAUCAUCAUUUGCAAGUGCAAGUACCUCAACCGUAUCAAGUACCGGUAACCAAGCAUGUUGCUGUUCCCAUUCCAGUUCCGCACACCGUCGAAGUUCCUAAACCCUACUACGUCCGUGUGCCCCAACCUGUUCAAGUCCCCGUGGAUCGUCCAUAUCCCGUGGAAGUGCCUCGUCCAGUGCCAUACCCCCUUCAUCAUUACGUAAAAACUAGCGUUCCAGUUGCUCAUCCAAUUGCUCAGCCAAUUGCUCAGCCAAUUGCUCAUUCAAUUGCUCAGCCAAUUGCUCAGCCAAUUGCUCAUCCAAUUGCUCAGCCAAUUGCUCAUUCAAUUGCUCAGCCAAUUGCUCAUUCAAUUGCUUAUCCAGUUGCUCAUUCAAUUGCUCAUCACGCGACAGUGGAUGCCAAGGAUAAUCCAGUGCAGACCUUCUUCGACAAUUCCCAGUUGGCGUUCCAAAACGUAUUGGGAAAUCUACCGACUUUCUCAAAUCCUCUGGACGGCCUCCAAAAUUCGUUUGAGAACCUCGAGUUCCCCCCUCUAUCUUUCAUACCAUCCUCAAUACCGUUCCUACCGCAGCAACCCUCCGCCGUGCCCUCUUCGAACAGCGACUCAGUUACUGUUGAUAAUGCAGCGCUGAAGGUUGAACCCGUUAAGAUAAAGCCCGUCGUGCAACCGAGCAAACAAGCAUAUAAGUCUUCCACCGCGUGUGCUGGAUGUAUUGUUUCUUCUGCCACAAACAACAAGCAGGAAUAUGUGCAACCCACCGAUUCCAAUGGUGGUUACGUAUACUAGAAUGUUUAUCUUGUAAUGGACAUUGAAUAAACUACUAGAAUCUCUUAGUAGAAAUAUAUAUUACACGAAGGAUUACUCAACGAUGACUUAUCCCUGAAGUAUCAAUUUGAUCGGAAAGUUUG